CAAAUUUUGUCCUAAACUUUAAUUAUUUGAUAACCUUAUAUUAUUAUAUGCUUAAAGGGUAAACACAAGUGUAAUGAGCGAGUAGGCAGAGGAAGAGAACUAGGGUUUGCAUCAACUUUGAAGCCGCCACCUACUCCACUGAAACAAUGCAAGGUGCCAUGCAAGCAAUCCGAGUGCAUGGAAAUGUUCUUAGACGUGCUGUUCUUCAACAUGUUUGUGUCCUAAGUCCGGCAACGCAACCAGUUAUCUUUUCACGCUCCGAGUCAUCGGUAUCUUCUGCCCAACAGCUCGAAGAGCACGGAUUCGAAAGCACCAGAGUUUCGGACGUUUUGAAAUCGAAAGGUAAAAGUGCUGAUGGUUCCUGGCUUUGGUGCACUACCGAAGACUCUGUUUAUGAUGCAGUCAAAUCGAUGACUCAACACAAUGUUGGUGCUUUGGUGGUGGUGAAAUCUGGAGGAGACAAAGCCAUUGCUGGAAUCAUUACUGAGAGAGAUUAUCUCAGGAAAAUUAUCGUACAAGGAAGAUCAUCUAAGUCAACCAAGGUCGGGGACAUCAUGACUGAGGAGAAUAAGCUGAUCACCGUCACACCAGAAACCAAAGCUCUCCAGGCAAUGCAACUGAUGACAGAUAACCGUAUCAGGCACAUCCCCGUGAUUGACACAACGGGUAUGGUUGGCAUGGUGUCCAUUGGCGAUGUUGUUCGUGCGGUGGUGAGAGAGCAUCGCGAGGAGCUUAAUCGGCUCAAUGCUUUUAUACAGGGUGGUUACUGAAUGAUGAUGUCGAAAAGAAAUAAUAGAGUGGCUUAUGGAACGGCGAGAGUUCAGCCCCUCUUGAACCAGUAUGAGCAUGUGUAAAUAAUGUUGUGGUCGCUUUCUUUAUUAGUGUUUGUAUGCUUUCUGGAGCUGUAUCGUGUGUAACCGAAGGCGGUUGAAGUUGCUAAUAAGAUGCGUUGUUAUGGCUACUGUGAUUUCAA